AUGGCUCUGCUUAGGUUACCAAAUGAAAUUCUGUUGGCCAUAGCAGACCAUUUGAUGUCAUUGGCUGACAUCAACGCCUUUGCCCAAACAAAUUAUCGUUGCUAUGCCGUGCUCAACCGGCAACUCUAUGUAUAUGCUGUUAAACAGACCGACAAAGCUGGGUUCUUCUGGGCUUUGGAAAACGGGCGAUCGCAAGCUGUCCAGUACUUUCUCGAUGUGGGCGCUAUCACUGGCUCCGACGUAGCGGAGACUAUACGGACCUCGCUCGAUAUUGCAGCACGCCAUGGAUACCCUAGAACCGUCAGAUUCUUGAUUGAGUACGGGUCCAAGGUGUGCGAUUAUAUGAAAAUGUACUGCCAAGCUGCACUGGUGGGAGCGGUUCAAUGUGGUCGACUUGAAGUGGCAAAGGUCCUUCUUAACAACGGAGUGGAUCUAGAAUAUGUCUAUGAGGAUGGCAAGAGACCACUGCACAUUGCGGCCGAAAGCAACGACGGACAAAUGAUCAAAUUCUUAUUUGAUUACGGUGUCAAUCUCUAUAGCCUCAACCAAUCGAACACUUCCGCGUUGCAUAUAGCGGCUAUGCAAGGGAACGAGAACACUGUGCAGACGUUACUCGAUUGUGGAUUUAAUCCCAAUUUCAUUGACGGUGAGGGGGAUGCACCCUUUCAUUGGGUAGCCAGAGGUUACAGGGUCCCACGCACCAGCUGCCCGGAAGAGAAAUUGUCGGUGACUAGUGCUUUACUAGAGCACGGUGCAGACCCUUACUUGAAGAACCGCUAUGGUUUCAUGCCAUUAUGGACUGCGGCAUUCCUGGAUCGCACCUUCCUGGUUGAUAGUUUACUGGAAUAUGGUGUGAACCCCCAUGGCCUGGAUGCAAAUGGUAAUAUGCAAGAGCUCAUGCCAAUCGAAGAAUUCCGUGUGAUGGCACUUGAGAAGCUGUCGCCCAUCGUCCGGUAUGGACGUCCGGUGGGCGAUGAAGGCUACAUCAAUUGUUGCACGCCAUUAUGCAUUGCUGUAUUCCUAUACUCCAAUGAAACCAUCAAGCUCUUGCUAGAAUAUGGAGCAGACCCAAACGGCAAGGACCCGAAUGGUGAGAUGCCACUCCAUCUAGCAGUUAGGUACAGGAGCCGCUGGAUUGCUGAGUGUCUUAUCAAGAAAGGCGCCUGUCUAGAAUCUCGGGAUUGUCAUGGCUGGACUCCCAUUGACUGGGCUUUGAGUUAUGGCAGUCACGAAAUCAUACAGCUUUUGCGCGAUAAAGGUGCCAGUGUUGACUCUUUAGACUGGAGUGGUGGCGAUCCAGUCUUUCGGGCCCUGAGAUAUGGCCAUACUGCAGAACCGGAAACUAUAAUGACACUUCUGCCGCCGCAUAUCGUUGACUGGGCAGACAAAAACACACUUUAUUAUCAACAUUCUUGGCCAUACUAUACGUAUCCUGGGGACAUGGACGGAGAUGAGCCUCACGACUGCAACACCGUGGUGGAAUGGCUCCUGGAUGGAGGAUCGAAUGUGGAUUCUAGAGACUCUCUUGGUCGCACUAUGCUGCACCAAGCAGCAUUUCAAAACUGUGACGACACACUCAGACUCCUUCUAAAGAGAGGAGCUGACCCCAUGUCGAAAGAUUCGUUUGGUCAAAUUCCUCUUCACAUGGCAUGUGCACAUGUUCGUAGCCUUUUCGAAGAUGCGUUUGAGAUUCUGCUUGAAGCCGGCUCUGAUCCCAAUUCGAGAGACAUCAACGGUGAAACCCCACUACACCAGGCUGUCCGAGCCGGCUUUUACUGGGCGCCCCAUAUGAUGGUAGCGGAUGGCCGGGCAGAUUUUAUGGUAAAGAAUAAUGAUGGCAAUACAGCAUUGCACUUGGCAGUGAUAAGUGGGCGUGGAAAGAGCGAUAUAAUGGCCAAGGAGUUGCGUAGAGCCGGUGCAGAUUGCAGCAUAGUGAACAACGAUGGUCAAACUGCAAUGGACCUAGCUCGGGGCAGGAACGAGGAAGAAACCAUAAUUGCUUUAUCCUGUGAGUUAAGCGAAGAAUCAGAUGAAGGCGAAUAUGAAGAAGCAGAACAAACCCAAUCCGGAGAGUCAGAUGAUAGCGAAUCCGAAGACCCAGAGCAGUCUUGA